UAAACUACAGACCAGCUUGCAAUAAUAUUUGGGCCGUGGUCGUUAUAUUUCCCUGUCGAAGAUUCUAUUAUUGUUCAAGAAGAUCUGACUGGCUGCGGUGAGCUGGACCUUGCAUGCCUACAAGGAUUAAGAAAAUGUUUUUUGGUCACCUGUCCGGGGAGUACAGCUAGCAGCUCUAACAACAAUGGCAGAGAACAAUGGAGACAGAAGUGGGUUGGCGCUGGACCGCGUGCGCCGGGCAUCCUUUGACUGGGACUCUGUGGGUUUCUUUGAAGGAGCGGAGAAGUUGCUGGAAAUAUGGUUCGAGCUUCCCUGUGAUGAGACUGGUGCUCGCAAGGGAAAGUCCCUGCGUUCUAUCAGCAGGGAGAACUGGGAGACUGUGCUGGAGCACGUCAGCUGCAAAAUCAUCAACAUGAAGUCAAAUGAUGUCACUGAUGCAUACCUGCUCAGUGAGAGUAGUAUGUUCAUUGCCGAGGAUCGCUUUAUCCUGAAGACCUGUGGUGUCACCACGCUGCUGGCUGCUGUGCCAUCGCUCAUCAGCCUUGUUCAGCGCGAGUGUAACGUCGUCAACGUCAGGGACAUUUUCUACUCUCGGAAGAACUUUGAAAAGCCCGAGCUACAGACACAGAUGCACCGGCGCUUUGACGAUGAGGUUGCCUAUCUAGACAAGAUUUUUUCAAACGGUGCUGCCUACUGCAUGGGACGCAUGAACGGUGAUCGAUGGUACCUGUACAUGUUGGACCAGCCACUGCCUCGUAUCGUACCUGACCAGACACUGGAGAUUUACAUGGAUAAUUUGGAUACAGAGACCAUGACUAUAUUUACGAAGAAACACAGUGCCACAGCAGAGGAUGCCACUCGGGUGUCAGGCAUCAAAGACUUAUUCCCCGGUGCUAUCAUUGAUGAUGCUCUGUUCGAGCCAGUCGGCUACUCAAUGAAUGGCUUGCUCGGCGAUUGUUAUUUCACUAUUCACAUCACACCACAGCCAGAGUGCUCGUACGCAAGCUUUGAGACCAACUUGCCGCAGGAUUCCUACUCGGACCUGGUGAGUCGUGUGAUUGAGCUGUUCAAGCCCGGCAAGUUCAGCUUCUCGUUGUUUGCGAAUCAGUCCUCGUCAUGUGGUGCCAGCCUUCAUGCCGUGGACGAGCGUCAUGUCAGUGGUUACCGGCGCUGCGACAAGCAGUACAGCGAGUUUCCCAACCAGUACAACCUGACGUUCUGCCAUUACAUCAAGCUGGACUCACCGCGCAAGCCGUCCGGUCUGUUGCCCGAGUGCAAGAUCAACGGAUCGUCGCACUUGGCUGCGUUGCUUCAGUCUUGAGCACCCGCUUCUUCUUUGAGCCAUCCCUGACGAUACAGAGCAAGUUGAGAGUUGACUGCAUAGCAUCUGUAGCACAAGGCCACUGGCUAACUCAAUCCUUCUUGGUUGUUGUUGUACAUACUCAGUCCUCUUACUGGCUGACCUACUUCGAAGUACCGGUAUCUAGUGUUGUCAUUAGUGUACGACUUUAUUUCUAGGCGGACGCUGAUGCGUACGUGUACAUAUUCUAACAUGUAUUUUAGUAGGAACAUUACCAGGGCACCCACCCCCCAUUGUCUUGUUUUUUUCUUCCUUUGGCCGGUUUGUGCUAUGCACCAGCUUGCCCAGUCAACCCACCACCCACACCAGUUGCCCAGUCAACCCACCACCCACACCAGCUUGCCCAGUCAACCCACCACCCACACCAGCUUGCCCAGUCAACCCACCACCCACACCAGCUUGCCCAAUCAACCCACCACCCACACCAAUUUGUACAGUUUCUAUUUUCAGUUCUUAGAUCGGUGUCCAGCCCUACUAGUAUUAUGUUUUUACCAUCAUGGGUUGGUUGGUGAUGGUUUUGUAACUGUUGUUGGUGUGGGCAAUGCUUCGGUCUGGCUCCUGUACGUACUUGGUGCUGUUCGCAAGGUUCCAUUGACCUCUACUGUUUAGCCCAUAA